CAAAAAUAAAUUUAAUAUUUUACCAAAUGUCAGGAUCACCUAAUUCAAAUUUUCCUCCUAGUAAUCUUAAGCAGACUACUCUUACUUUUACAAAUCCACAGACUGACCAGCCAAGUUUAUUUGGAGCUCCUCAAAAACAGAAUGCAAAUCCUACUGGACUUUUUUCAAGUAAAAAUACAACAGCAAAUAAUUUAUUUGGAGGGAGAGGAAACAGUACUGAAGCAAGAUCUACUCCUUUUGGAGCUACAACAGCCACAUCAGAGCAAUCUAACAACUUAUUUGGAUCCAAGAGAACACUUGUAGGAUUUACAUUGAAGCCGCCUAGUUCAUUUUCUCCACAGCCCAGACCUUUCUCAAUAUUAGGAGAAUCUAGAGGAAUAUUUCAAAAUAAAACGACUCCUUUCUCUUCUUCCUUCAACCAGCAACCUCAACUCGAAGCAGGUCAAGACGAGGCAGAGAUUGAAGCUUGUCUAAAUAAUUAUGCCAAGUAUGUCGAUCCUACAAAUCCAAGGAAUGCUCUUGUAGGAUGAAUGUACAACAAGUUCAAUAAAAAUGUGUCUGGGCUUCUCAAAGAGCAUCUAAAAAAUAUCACUCCAGCAAGGGACAUUGCUCAGAUCCCUGAAAAUUCUAAACUCAACGGAGAAAGUGUUGGAUUCAAACAAGUAGAGGUACUUAUUGAUCAAAAGAAGUUUACUAAAGCGAAGAAUGAGAACCCUAACCCUGACCAGUUAUACAUCAAACAAAUCAACAGUUUUGAAGAACUCUAUGAGCGUCUUUAUAAACUUAAGAAGACAACCUCGGACAUCACCGAGGUAAUGAAAAGCAUGAAAAAGAAGAUGAACUUAGUGAAAAACAAAACUAGUUCAAAAACUAUGCUGAAGAAAGGGAUUAAUUCACUCAAGGAAAAUAUGAAAAUUCUCAGAGAAAAAAUUCUGACCGUUCAGUCAAAAAUGAGUCUUCUCCAGGAGUCUCCUUAUUUAUCUCUUGAGGAUCAUGAGAAGUUGCAAAUAGUUUUUAAUGAAACUACCCAGCCAAGCAAAAUUCCUGGCAAGAUAGAGAUUGUUAAAGGGAAAUUAGAAGAGCUUCUUGAAGCUAGAGGAAAUCACUCAUCUAACGAACCCCAAGAAAUUUUCAAUAAAAUAUCGAGCAGUGAGAAAAAGAGGGUGAUUUCUAUCCUGAGAGAGCAGACCAAAGGAAUAUUCUCUCUUAUCAAAGAAACCAAGAGGAAUGCAUUUAAGCUUGAAGCCAUUGAAUUUAUAGCGCAAAGUAUUAAGCAAGAGAAUCAGGAGAGAAAAAUAAACAGUGAAAAAUACGUCGACUAAAACUUUCAAAUGCUUGCUAAUUUUUA